GCAGACAUUACUUUCCAAGCGAGUUUGUCUUGCCAACGCAGUCAGUGUUUCUUUGAUCCAGAGAUUCAUCAUUGACUUAUAGCCUGCGCUCGAUUCUCUACUGGUGGAUUGUAAACUGCGACUGUCAAAUAAUUGAAAAAAAAAUUGCGAUUUUAGAAGGAAACUGACAGUCGUAGUAGCCCUUGAAGUCAAAAUUACUAAAGUUGAUAAUGGGCGGAACAUUCACUAAAGGAUUGCAAGCUCUUAGUAAAAAAAUUCAAGAUGAUUCUUCGCGGGAUCCCUUAGAUGAUCCACCUGUUCCUGCUCCUCCUGAUCCAAGGCUUCCUUUAACGGCAAAACAGGUGUUCAACAUUUCUAAAUCGUGGAAGGGAAUUGCACGUGCAAUGGAAACAACGGGUAUUACGAUGUUCGUCAAGCUAUUUGAAGAAAACGAGGACUUGAUAACCUUGUUCAAGAAGUUCCAGUAUCUUCAAACACAGGAGUCGAGGAUGGAGAGUUUGGAAUUGGCUCAACAUGCUUCCAUCGUCAUGACAACUCUUGAUGAAGGAAUUCGCUCGCUGGACAAAGUGGAUUAUCUGAUUGACUACCUACAUUCAGUGGGGAAGUUCCAUACAAAAAUUGCAGGAUUUAGAAAAGAAAAUUUCUGGAGAAUCGAGAAACCUUUCCUUGCAGCCGUGAAGGAAACUCUAGGUGAUCGGUACACCGAAAACAUGGAAAAUAUUUACAAAAUUACCAUCAGAUUUAUCCUGGAGACUCUCAGCAAAGGUUUUGAUCUUGCAGACGAAGAAAAGAAGGAAAAUGAAGUACUAACCAACAACAUCUGAUAAACAACUCAAAAACAGAGUGGAUUCGAUCACCCCUGUAAAUAGUUUUAUCUCAUUUUCAAACAUCUGUAUAUUAUCGGUUGGAAGGUGAAACAAGGUUUACCACUUUAUUGAAAGACAGUAAAGUAUGACUUAUCUUUACUCUAGUGGGGGAUUUCUUACAGCGGAUAUAUGAAUAUUUGCUUUAUACGAAAAAAAAAAGGUUCCAAUGAUUUGUGGCCCAAACGAUUAAGUUUGAAUCAAAUACUGAUUUUUAUUUCUCUUUAUUCUAAGACCCGCGAAGACGACAGUCGAAUCCUAAGCUAUUUAAAGAGAAUUGAGUUCUACUACUAAAAAAAAAAGUCAUAUAUUUUGCCGCCUAAGUGCCAUGAUUAUAAUGAAUUGUGACAAAGCCAUUCUUCAUUUUCCCGAGAGGUAAGUCAGUCGAAAAGGUGCAAUAAAGAAUAUUUACUAUGUAAUACAACAUACAAAAGGUGUAGGUAGAACAAAGUGAGCCCUAACAAGUUUGUGUCCAGAAUUGCAUCAUAGCCUUUUCACGCACAAUGUUUUUUCAUCAGGUCAGACAAGGAGAUGAGGUUCAUGAAGAAUGAACUGAUAUAGUUGUCAGGCUUAUAUUCUUUUUUAGCCGCUCUUUGUAUCGUGAAUAUUCUUUUUUUUUUAAUUCUGAAUUGCUUACAAACUAUUAUUUUAAAGUAUCUGACGCUACAGUUCAUUAUCCUUAUUAUGAUUGGAAGGAGAAAUGACUCUCCUAUGGGGGGGGGGGAACCGUAUCACUGAAGUCGAAGUACAAUGUAUUCUUCGAAUAACACGUGUAAGGAUAAAUGCUGCCUGGGAAAUUCCGGGUGAGAUAAACUCUCUCAUUUGAGAGGUUUACUGAAACAAGAAAUUGAAAAGAAAAUCAAUACCAUAUUAUUCUAAUAUAUGAACAGAAAUAUUAUUUUCGUAGAUUCUACAAUCAAUAUAAUAUAUAUAUAUAUAUAUAUAUAUAUAUAUUAAUUUCCAUAUUUUUUACAGAUGCAAUUGUGGUAUUACCGAUAUAUUUUCAUGAAGUUAAUUCAAGAGGUUGAACAACAACAAAAAGAGCAAACGUUAAGCUAGAAAAUUAUUAUGACGAAAGGAAGUUUUACGAAACGUAAAUUAUUAAAUCCAUACGAAAUUGGUUAAGUUUGAAAACAUAUACUUCUACAUUAUAUACACUAGUUUUCUUAAAAUGAAAAUACUGUUGUUAAUUGAAAAUAGCCAUAGCAUAUGAGAACGUAUAUAAUAAACUAUAUAUUUAUAAAUACUGGAAUAUUUGCCUGUUUUAUUUUACUUUACUUUAUUACUUUGUUCUGCUGGUUUCGUGACUUCAAUGGUUACUCUUCAAGAUACAAUUUUACUGAGAAUCAAUAACAAAAACAUAUAAAUAACGUUUUUCAAC